AUGCUGCUGUCGCUGGUGGUCCACACGUACUCGCUGCGAUACUGGCUCCCCGCGGCCGUCAUGCUGGGUACUGCUCCGGCGUACCUGCUGACCUGGAGCGCCUGCCGCCUGCUGUCCGCGCUGCUGCCAGCCAGGGUCUACCACCACCUGGACGACGGCAUCUACUCCGUGUACCAGAGCAUGGUGUUGUUCUUCUUCGAGAAUUAUACGGGGGUGGAGGUCAUCAUUUAUGGAGAUAUACCAAAGACCAAAGAGAAUGUGAUCUACCUUUCCAACCAUCAGUGUACAGUGGACUGGAUCAUCGCCGACAUGCUGGCCAUCCGGCAGGACGCCCUGGGCCACGUGCGCUACGUACUCAAGGACGGCCUCAAGUGGCUACCGCUCUAUGGCUGCUACUUCUCCAAGCAUGGAGGUGUUUACGUGAAGCGGAGUUCCAGGUUCAAUGAGAAGGCGAUGAAGAAGAAGCUGUCCUCACAAAUGAAAUUGGGAGUACCCAUGUACCUAGUGAUUUUCCCGGAGGGAACUCGAUACAACCCAGAGCUCAGGGAGGUGAUCAACGACAGCCAACAGUUUGCUGCAAAAGAAGACCUGGCUGUCUUGAAGCACAUUUUGACCCCAAGGAUGAAAGCCUCAUACAUAGCCAUCGACACCAUGAAGGAGUACCUGGAUGCCGUUUACGACGUUACUGUGGCGUAUGAGGGCACCGUGGACUCAGAGGGUCAGCGACGGGCUGGCCCAUCUAUGCCCGAAUUCCUCUGUAAGGAAUGCCCCAGGGUGCACGUCCACUUUCAACGCGUGGACCUGAAGGACAUUCCGCUGGAGCCCGCAGUCUUCCGCCGCUGGCUGCACGGGAGGUUUGAGAUCAAGGAUAAGUUGCUGGCUGCGUUUUACGCUCCGGGAGAGCUGUCCACGCAGCGCCUGUUUCCCGGCCAGGGGCGGAGGUCAGCCCUGAGCGUGAUGCAGACUCUGCCCUCGCUGCUGUUGUUAGCAGGCCUCACGCUGCCCAUGCUGCUGACUGAGGUGGGCAGGAAGCUGUAUGUGAAGACCUGGCUGUAUGGCACGUUCAUGGGCUGGCUCUGGGUGAACCUGAGUCCCUAGCCGGACCACACCGCACUGCACCGGACCUUCCCUCCCGCCCUCCUUAUCCUGUCACUUUUUCAGACGGCAAAUUCCUGUUUUUUUACCCCUGAACUUUCGUAGGGUGGGAAUUUAAACAAGGGGAAAGAAAACAAAAAAAAAUCUUUAAAUUUCUGGCUCUGAAGAUCCUUCAUGAACAGCAGGCUUCUCACAUCCCUUUAAGCUACACAGUAUCAGCAGUUCUCCACCGAGUCGCUCCAUUUCGGGACUGUAUUAAUGUUAGGCUUUAUUAAUAAUGUUGUGCCCCCCACCCCACCCCCCACCCACUUGCAGUAACUCAGGUGAAGCUCCAAAGAGGACUUGUCAGGUAGACGAUGCGCAUGACUCAGAGUGGAAGUUCUCCUGUAUGAGAGAGAGAGGCGAAACUCUCACUGCGUUAAUCUGCAAACCCAGAAGGCCUCGUCACUUCAUUAAAGGGUAAGAAUCGUAGGUAGAAGCCGAGUAUCAUGGCUUAUGCAUGUUAGACGUUCCGCUUCUCUUUUAACCAUGAUGUCAUUGUCGGUUGUUCACCUAAUUGACUCGGACCGGCUGGAAUCGCUUCCAGGAACGCUGACAAGGGUUAUACAUCGUUUGCUGUUGUAGACUUAUCAGCAUCUGAAGAAUUAGUCUUGAUUCCAUUAAUCAAACAUGUCUCUGUAUGCGAGUGAGUGUCUCUUGGGUUUCUGUGCAAUUGGUUGCAGAUGUUUAGAGUAGGAUUUCACCUAUAUAAGCCGCCCCUCCCCCCCCCAUUUUCCCACAACGAUGUGAGAUCUAAGACCCGCCCACGGUCGGGGUGUCACAGCGUUUUGCCAAACUUCACAUGUGGGUCCACGAGUUCAAGCCGAAUGAUGGAUAAUUAUCCCUCAGGAGACAUCGUGCUGUUUGAAACACUCUGGCCAAAGAGACGGUACUCCACGCUCCUUCGCUCUGCCUCAAAUGGAGAACAUUUACCGUAUUUACCUUUGCGCACAAGUUGGGAAAAUGCCCUAAUGAUUCUACAUUUUUAAUUUUUUUGGGAAAUCUUUUUGAGGUGUGUUUUCAUAGUGUGCAUAUUGGACUCAUGGAGGGUUGUGUGUGCGUGUGCGCACGUGCGUGUGUGUAAAAACAAAGUACACUUGUUCUUUUUAAUGCUUUAUUACAGCAUCAUGUGUUUUUCUUUGUUAUAAUCACAUCUGCGUUUUCAGUUUCUUUAUGUGCUUAUUUUUGGCCUGCAUGGUGGGGAGUUUCCUUCUUCCACGUUGGUAGUUUUGGGGUUUGAUUCCAGUCUGCUGGCAUAUCCUCUCCACAGUAUCUGUUUGAGUAAAAGUGUUAUCUACAGAGAGGCUGGCUGAUUCAGUAUGAACAGUAUUAAAUCAUAGGAAGCGGUGAAGAAAUGAGACAGUGAACUAUGAUUCAUUACUGACAGAUGCCAUCUUAAAGUGCCAUUUUGUUCUCUGAGGUUUGUGCCUUGUACCUGAUUUAAAGAAUUAUCCUCAAUCCCUCUCAGAGGACAAUCGCAGCAGAACAUACAGGGCAUUUCCAGUCCAGUCAAGGGCCUCUGAUUGUGCUGCGUCUCCACCGUGUGGACAUCAGCGGAACUGUCCCCCAGAAAAAUAAUAAUUUACUAGUUUUACCUCUGUGUGUUCCUGUCAAAUGAGGGUCUUCGUAUUGUCAAUUGUAUUAAGAUGGAAUUAAAUAACCCACUGUCCCCAAAAACAUUCUAUAAUUACUGGUUAUAGUCAUAAAUAUUGAGGUAUUUGGGGGGGAAAAGCUGAAUAUGGAGCAGAAUAUAGAGGAAUGUGGUUAACUGUGAUUUUACUGCGUGUGGUAAAAAAUCCUGAUCAAUGUUGCUAGACCAAAAUAUAUAUAAUAUAAAAUAUGCUAGAUACAAUGUUUUAAACCCUGUGUGAUUCAUGCACAAGUAAUCAAGAUGGGGGGGGGGGGGUUAAUGUCCCAAGGCACUUUUUGAUGAGCAAGGCCCUGUGUUCCUGGGGGAAAGCCAGUAUUUAAGGUAGCGCCUGGCAAAGGAACGGAGGAUUGCAUUUUGCAGGAUUGCAUCAGCUGCCUGUCUGUUUUAAGGAGGAAGCAAGCUUGAGUGAGAGGGCAGCACAUAGUUACUUAGUUACUUUUCUGGGUUAUAGACCCCAUUCUUUGCAAAAUUAAAUAGUUAAUUCCUCCUGCAAAUUUUGCUUGUUUUUGCUUCUUUUGAACAAUCGAGCAGUUCCUAAGUAUAUAAACUUCCCUCCACGCCUUUGGAGUGUUUUAUUUAAUCUGACUUGUUGCUGUUAAAUUUCCUUCAUGUCAUGUUAUGGGAUUCAAUGUCAUUUGCUUGAAAAAAGAGGUUUGUCGGUGGACAGCUACCAGUGCCCAGCCGAAACGUAGCCAUAAGUAUCUGCAAGAACCAAAUUCUACCUCUGCGAAAAUGUUCUGGCGUGCUUGUGAAAAGUUUACCAACAGACAGCUUGGAAAAACUUCUGCUGCACCUCAUGCUUCUGGAUUGAAAUGUUUUUUUCUGUGUUUAUUUUGCUUCUCUUCUUCUUGCAUUUGACCUUCAUCUGCAGUUGGGUAAAUCUUUACUAAAACAGGUUUUUCUUUCACACUUGCCUUCAUGUGCACUGACUCCCCCGUGAGUUAAUAUCACCUCUUCAUCAGUCCAGAUUAUAAUAAAAUUAAAUAUACUUUAAGAAUGACAUUUCUUUGCUUUAUGCACUCAUCUACAUUUGUGUGAGAAUUACCCUUCAUCCUUUUUCCCCUUAUUCAUUUUUUUCUUUGACUGAGAAGCACUGUUUUCAAGUAAACCUAUUUUUAUCUUCUAUUUGAAUUUUUAAUAAGUGUUGUGUGUUAAUAAAUCAAUAUUUUUUGCUCAAUA